CCUCACUCCCCAGCAUACUCCAUUUGAGACCCUCACUUCCUUGUUAUAAUUUUUCAUCCUUCAUUCUUCUCCCGCAAGUUUGGCAAUCACUGUGAUCAUGGGUAGCACGUCACUAUCACUCUCAUUUGACGUCCAUCACGUCUGGCCAACCCCCCAUGCUCAACAGGCUUUGAAGUCCUGGCUUAAGCUUCAACGGCAUGUCUCAACCGGCUCCAUUGCAAUUGAUGGCCAUUCACUGGAUGUAGCGUCCGUCGUCGCUGUUGCAAGAAAGGGCGUUGGCCUUGCCCUCAAAGCCGAUAACAUCAUGGAUGAGCGUAUCGAAGCCAGUGUCGAUACAUUACAGGGAUACCUUUCCAAGGGGUAUUACCUCUACGGCGUCAAUACUGGAUUUGGAGGGAGUGCCGACACGCGCACAAAAGACCUAUACGGUUUACAGCGAGCACUCAUGCAGCACACUCAAAGUGCCAUCCUGACCCGAGAGGAUAAAUCGGACUCUCCAAGUAGUCAUGAGUAUCUGGAGUCCCACAGCAUGCCCAGUGCUUGGACGAGAGCCAUGAUUCUCAUCCGAUGCAACGCAAAUAUUCGUGGUCACUCUGCAAUGACACGCAACGUGGUGGAUACCAUGAUCAAACUGCUUGAACAUGACAUUGUCCCCAUUGUCCCCCUGCGAGGCUCCAUCUCUGCCUCUGGUGACCUCAUGCCUCUGUCAUAUAUAUCUGGAGCCAUACAGGGAAACCCGGAUGUGUAUGUACGAGUUGGUGGCCAGAAAGGGCUGCCCCGAAUCAUGUCGGCACAGACAGCCCUUGAACAGGCUUCUAUCACACCAAUCAUCCUGGGACCAAAGGAGGGUCUAUCCUUGAUAAAUGGCACCGCAGCAGCUGCCGCUGUCGCCAGCCUGGGUUGCUACGAAGCCAAUCAACUAGCAGUUGUCUCCCAAUUAUUGACCGCCUUGUCAUCCGAGGCCCUCCACGCCAACAAUGAAUGGGCCCAUCCUUUCAUCGCUGCCGCCCGUCCGCAUCAGGGACAAAUUGAGGCUGCUCAGAAUAUUCGAACGUUUCUGCGUGGCUCCAAGCUGUCAUAUGGCCUGGAGGACACGAAGGAUCGCUUCUCCUCGGGCCUGGCCCAGGAGCGCUACGCGUUGCGCAGUGCACCGCAAUGGCUCUCCCCACAGCUGGAGGACCUUCUGAGUGCUGAGAAGCAGCUUCAUACGGAACUCAACUCAACGUCAGACAAUCCUGUUGUGAAUAUUGCGGACAAUGAUAUUCACUGCGGUGCAAAUUUCCAGGCAGCAGCCGUCACGUCCGCUACAGAAAAGAUCCGCCUGGCACUCCAGUCAAUCGGUAAAAUGCUCUUCAGUCAAACCAGUGAGAUGAUCAACCAUGAUUUGAGCAAUGGCCUGCCCCCAAACUUGGCAGCUGAUGAUCCUAGCCUGUCAUUUUGCUUGAAGGGCAUUGAUGUUAAUACUGCCGCCUAUACCUCUGAGCUAGGCGUUCUUGCGAACCCAGUAAGCAACCACGUCCAAUCCGCUGAGAUGCACAACCAGGCAAUCAACUCCCUGGGGCUACUAUCCGCCCGUCAGACCAUGGCAGCAGUUGAGGUGCUAUCAAUGAUUGUCGCGAACUGCCUCUACACCGGCUGCCAAGGUGUGGACCUGCGCACUCUUCACCGCACCUUCCUUGCCAGCAUGAAGGAUCCGGCACGCCAGCUAAUCACCUCAAGUCUUCUUGCCGAGGACCAGUAUCAUACGUUCAUAGAGGAUUUCUUUCAUGAAUUUUGGAAGGUUUUUGAGGAGUCAUGGUACGACUCCGCCGCAUAUGACGCUGCUGAGCGUGCUGAAAAGGCGGCGCAGUCGCUAGUCACUGCGGCUGUGGCGAAUGCCAAUCGUAUCCCCACCAUCAUGUCCAUCGAAAAGCUAGCUGGCCUCACUAAAACAUUCGAGGAUCUGAUCUUACAGUGCUACCUCACCCACCGCGAUGGAUUUCUCAGACAACCGACAACCUCGGACUAUCUCGGCGAGGGUACCAAGGCCAUAUACCUGUUUGUGCGUGAGAGACUCGGCGUCCCCAUGCAUCGCGGUCUGGUGGAGCACCCGAUUGCGGAGUACGGCGGUCUCAAUGUUAUUGAUGGACGACCAAAGAAGACUAUCGGGUCCUGGGUUUCCAUCAUUUAUGAGGCUGUUCGCGAUGGUUCCUUGUAUUCUGAGGUCUUCCGCUACUUGCAGGGCAGUGGCCUCGACCCUGGAUUUGUAGAUGGCAGUAACAGUAUCAAAGCUAGCAGCGGACUCAAACUAAACAAUGCAAUCAAGGCAAGCAAUGGGGUGAAGGUAAGUGAUGAAGGUAGUGUCUGAUACAGGCUGCCUGGGGGUAUGGUUGAUGGGGAUUGAGCCACGGCGGUUACUAAGUCCUGUUCUCUGUUUUUGCAUGUUUGUCAGUGGGUUGGUUCUCAGUUAAAUGAUAAUAAGUACAAUACACAGGUGGCCUAAGGCGCUGCCCGUUGUCUGUUAUCAUUUAAUUAUUUUAUAUCCCAAUCCAUGCUUUGCGGUGGAAGGUUCCUUCGCAUACAAACUGUUGCUAGAACAAACUGAACUGGCCAGUUGGCUGAUCGAGAUUGUCCAUCAGGGACACGGGCCGGUUUCGUGGGAUUCGGACGUACUACGUAGUUGCAAACCGCGGAAGGCGGUGACAGGAUUGACCAUUCAUGGGACGACAAAA